AUGGAUUCAUUCGAAGAUAACAAUCCAUUUUCUGGUACUAGAUUUAUUAAAGAUGACGAAUUGCCUGAAGAAGCUGAUACUUUCAACGCUACUUGGGACGAUGUGAAACCAGCCAGUACAUCUUCUAGUGCUUUUAUAAACAAUACAGAACGGACAUCAGGUCUUGAAAUAUCAAAGAAUGACCAUGUUGAAGAGGAAUAUCCGUCUUCCAAGCCGCUUCCAAACCCGCGUCCUUUUAUGAUUCUUCCUGUGCAGGUUACGGGAGCACUGAAGGCAAAAGAUGGCUCCCAUAUUGUUUACAGUAUCAAGACGGAUUCGUCCGCAACUCAGCGUAGAUACUCGGAAUUUGUGUCGUUACGCAUUAAUCUUGGCCGAUUAUACCCUACAUGUGUAGUGCCUCCAUUACCAGAGAAACAUUCUAUAGUGGAUUAUGUUUUUAGUUUCACAAAGACUCAGCGAAACAAUCACAUUCUUGAGCAACGGAAACGUAUGCUUCAAACCUUCCUGUUAAAUGUGUAUCAGCACCCUGUGCUUGGACAAAGUCAGGUCUUCCGGGACUUUUUAUCACGUAACGUGUCUUGGAAUGAAGUGCUUGCCAAUCCCCCAAUCUCAUUACUGCCAAAGAAUAUACUAAAGGCGUCGCCAAGAGAUCCAGCUUCACAAGAGGAAAUGGACAUCUAUACUCACUUACCAGUUCCUAGCGUCAACUUACUCCCAAAGAAUGCUUACGAUGCUGAAAGCCAAUACUUUAUUCAACAAGAAGAGGACUUGAAGACACUGUCGCAGCAUUUGGCGAAUCACGUUUCACGUAGCAACAACCAAUUGCUUUCUACUUACACUCGCCUUUCCAGUCUGUUUUCUGAACUUGGCGCCGAGUUAAAUGCGCUUUCAUUGCCUGAGUCAGGUUUGCUGCUAGCAUGUUUGGAACGCACGGGCCAAGCCUGUGACCGUAGUUGCUUUUCCGCUGUGGACUUGAUUCACAUGCUCAUUGUUGGUGUUUCAGAACCGCUAAUGGAGCUUUCCAAGUUUGCUUCCACGAUGCGUUUGGUGCUCCAGUAUAAGCGCAUCAAAACCAUUCAAUGUGUCCUGGCUAAUGAUAUGCUUUCACGGAAGACUGAAUUGCUUGAAUUGUUAGAGCAACGAGAGUCCGAAGCUAAUCGGCUUAGCUUGGCUAUUCAAGAAACUGAGACGGAUCCCGUGUCUCUUCGUGCACAAUCAGAAGAAUCGUCUUCCGGAGGAACGUCUGACGAGCGCCCGCUUGGUUUUCUUUCACCCAUGCAGCACUUUGAGAGUAAUUUUGCUAAUGACUUGCAAGAUCCAUAUCUAUCGAGCAGUGGUCUUAACACUAGUGGGUUCGGACCUGCUUCGGAUGAAGGAUUUGCAGCACACGACAGUUACGAGGAGCAGAGUCACCAGCAGGAAGAACAAGACACAAAUGAACCUCCUCCGGACGAUGCAGAGGGAGCCGCGAACACUGUUACCAAUGAGAACGCUACUUUACCUGCUGACGACUCUUCAAACUCACCAAAGCAGAAGACUCCAACCUCCAGAAUUGCACAGACUAUUGCCGAGUUCUUUGACAAAAUUAAUUUUGCAAUUCACGGUCUAGUUGACGUUGAUAAUGUAAGCACUCGGCACAGCACGAUUGGUCGAACGAAAGAAAGUGUUGCUCAAUUGGAGCGUAUGGUUAAAGUUACAAAGCAAGAUGCUGAGUUUGCGGACAAGACUGUCUCCCAUGAAUACAAGCGAUAUGCGGAGAACCGUGCAGAAACUCUUCGCUCUGUGUAUUCUUCUUUUGCGACGGCCCAUGAGAAUUGGGCCAAGUGCAAUUUAGAGUUUUGGUCUGCUUUAAGUGAACAAAUGGAACGGGAAGCUACAAUUCACUGA